GCCGGGCUCCCCUCGCACCCUCCAGCCAUGUCGGUGGCCGGGCUCAAGAAGCAGUUCCACAAAGCCACUCAGAAAGUGAGUGAGAAAGUUGGAGGAGCUGAAGGAACCAAGUUAGACGAUGAUUUCAAGGAGAUGGAAAGGAAAGUGGAUGUCACCAGCAGGGCUGUGAUGGAAAUAAUGACUAAAACAAUUGAAUACCUUCAACCCAAUCCAGCUUCCAGAGCUAAACUCAGCAUGAUCAACACCAUGUCCAAAAUUCGUGGCCAGGAGAAAGGGCCAGGCUAUCCCCAGGCAGAGGCGUUGCUCGCAGAGGCCAUGCUCAAAUUUGGAAGAGAGCUGGGAGAUGAUUGCAACUUUGGCCCUGCUCUUGGUGAUGUGGGAGAGGCCAUGAGGGAACUCUCAGAGGUUAAGGACUCUUUGGACAUGGAAGUAAAACAGAACUUCAUUGACCCACUUCAAAAUCUUCAUGACAAAGAUCUAAGGGAAAUUCAGCAUCAUUUAAAGAAGUUAGAGGGUCGACGCCUUGACUUUGAUUAUAAGAAGAAACGACAAGGCAAGAUUCCAGAUGAAGAGCUCCGUCAGGCUCUGGAGAAAUUUGAUGAAUCUAAAGAAAUUGCUGAGUCAAGCAUGUUCAAUCUCUUGGAGAUGGAUAUUGAACAGGUGAGUCAACUCUCUGCACUGGUGCAAGCACAGCUGGAAUAUCACAAACAAGCCGUUCAGAUCCUGCAGCAAGUCACGGUCAGACUGGAAGAAAGAAUAAGGCAUGCUUCAUCUCAGCCUAGAAGGGAAUAUCAGCCUAAACCACGAAUGAGCUUGGAAUUUCCAACAGGAGACAAUACUCAACCCAAUGGAGGCCUCUCCCACACAGGCACCCCCAAACCUACAGGUGCCCAGAUGGAUCAGCCCUGCUGUCGAGCUCUGUACGACUUUGAACCCGAAAAUGAAGGGGAGUUGGGUUUUAAGGAGGGUGACAUCAUCACGCUCACUAAUCAAAUCGAUGAGAACUGGUAUGAGGGGAUGCUUCAUGGCCAGUCAGGCUUCUUCCCAAUCAAUUAUGUGGAAAUUCUUGUUCCUCUGCCCCAUUAGGAUGCUAUGUUGGCUGGCUCACCUCCUCUUGACCCAGAUAGUUAAGUUUAACCACUGCUUUGGUAAUGCUGCUUACAACACAACCCAAGUGCAGGUCGCAGUGGUCUAAGUCAUCAAGCCCCACUGAAUAUCUUUGGUUAACUUGUGCAAGUUCACAAGUGUCAUGGCGCUGGAUGGUAUCUUCUUAGCCUGGUAGGCAUGGCAUGAGCUUUUUAACUACCAUCUGAGACCAGCCAUUAGUGCUGUUUACACAGUUCUCAGGAGGAUGUGGGUUUUUAGAAUAUGACUAUGAGCCACGUCACAGAAAAUCCAUUCCACUGAUUAUCUAUUAUUCACAGGCCAUCUCAAGGUCUCAGGUUCUCCAUUUAAUAGGAGAAAGUUGUUGCUUUCAUACUUUCCCCUGCCCUAUUAUGUGAAUAUAAAGUAUUGUUGAAGAAAGUCUCCCUCACCAGCAAUUAUCUUCUGGUCUGAAUGCAUUUAGUCUCUUGAUGCUAUCAGUAGAAAGGUGUUGAGUGUGGGUACAAAACCUUCUCUGAAAACUGUCACUUUUGUUCCCCACCCCAUAUACGCCUACUUCUGAGGUACAGCCAGCUCCUUCCUUCUCUGCUAUUAAUAUCAGGGGGGAUUCCCAUUUUAUUUCUAUGUAAUACAGUUAGCAAUCAGCAUACUGUAAGAGUGGAUAAAAGGAGAGUCUUCCACGUGAAGAAUUGGGAAGAGAUGAUUUCAAAACUUAUAACUUGCUGUACAGAAUUGUAUUUAGGCCAUUUCUGAAGGAUACAAGGGUGGGGAACAAAUAUAUUCACCUUUAUUUAUGAAGUACGUGUUUCAAGAGUCCAUUUGACAAGAGACAAAGAGAAAAAACAUCAUAGACCAUUUUCUCACUAGUUCAUAGAUUAAAAUAGUAAAUAACUUUACUCUCCAUGUUCACCUUGUGUUCUUUGAACAUCGUUUAUGCAUAUUCUGCCCUCAAUGAGGACCAAAUAAAGAUGAUUUUGUGCUUAGCAGUUUAAGAUGUGUGUGGCUGCAUAUGCAAAAACCUUUUUCUAGUCAGUCAUUCCUUUCAUUUCUUCUCUUCUAUUUCAUCUUCAUUUUGUGUGUAUAGUAUUGUGAGUAAACUUAUGAGUGUUUCUUUUGUCCUAUUUUUUGGUAUCAGUCAUUAAAGUCCUGUUAGGUAUUCAGAGUUCUAUUUAUAUAGCUGUACAGAUUCUUUCAGAGAUAUAAUGUGCUGCUUCGGAUGUGCCACCUGCAGUAGUGGAUCAUGUGGAGUGAAAAGCAAAUCUUACUGCUUAAUGUAUAAACUCUUACUAUGGGAAGCAUUGCUGUUUCCAAUAAAUAUUGCUGAAGACAGAA